UGCCCAUCCAUAUUGUGUGAAAGCAGUUGAUGCCCCAAAUGGCUUGGAUCGCAUCUUUAUCAUUCUUGUUUCCUCCGCCCAUCCCAUUUUUAAUUUUUUAUCUUCAGAUUAAACUGUUUUUAUAUUUGAAAUGCUUGCUAUAAUCCUAAUUUAUAAACCUUUUUCCCAAGAGGUUCUGGUUUAUUUAAAAUGGCUGUCUUGGUUUAGAACAUUGAAAAAAAGUCGUCGGCUUCAUUGAGUCAAUGCUGCUAAAACAAUUCAACGUGUUGAAUUUUCACAGUAACAUCAUCAGAACUAUUAUUAAUAACUAUAUGGGCAGGGAAGGGGUAGAUGACGAUCCUGAGAUUCGGUCCUCUCGAGCUCGUUAUUCUGGUCUGGUUAGACGCAAAGCCUACGAAUUUGAUGGACUUGGGGAUUAUUGUGAUAAAGAAUGGGAUCUAAUGGAGGGAGAUGGGAAAAAGUUCUGUUGGUAUCAUGUUGAACUUCCUAAAGGGAACCAAAAGCUUUCUCAAUCAGCACAAUACUUAAUUGAUGUUCUUUGUCCGCCAUUGAAGCUGCAGGACAUUCUUUCUUUAGUUAGCAAUGGACCCUAUUGUGCUCAUGUUGAUGGGGCACUUGUGUUCAGGGUCAACUCCCCUGCUCCACCCUCUAGCAACUUUACGUUCAGAUUAGCUGCUAGAGUUACUCAAAAUUCAGUUAUUACUGUGUCGUUAGGCCGAGUGCCCAGAUUGGGCUUCUCCCCUGUCGGUCAAUCUCUUCUCUCUGAGAUUCCAAGUGUCGAGAGUCCUAAAUUUGGCAUGGAUAGGGGCGGCAUAGUCAUCAAAGAACAUGUUCUUGAUUUCUUGUUGACAAUGAAUCAUUCUGAAGAGGCUGACAAUCCUGUUCCUAAAUCUGUCUCCAAUCUUGUUGUUCAUAUUAUUGACACACAUGUGGAUCAUCUUGAGGAUGUUGUUACUAAACUUGAGAUUGAGCUUGAUUCUGUAGAAGUUGAUUUGGAUAAAGGUGGCUUUUCUUUAAAGAGACAACUGUUGGACAACAGAAGAUUUCCAAAAAUGCAUCUAGAAUUGCAACGCCUUCUGCAGGUGAUUGCACACGGGGAACAAGUGUUCCCGAGGGUGAAAGAAAAGUGUUCUGUAAAAGAUUGGUUUGGAAAUGAAGACAUCAAUUCACUUGAAGAGUUGAUUGGUCGACUCAGAAGACUAAAGGAGAAUGUUGGAUUCAUAAGCAAUCGUGUGACAGCCGUCCAAGCGGGUCUUGACAGCUGGCAGGCUGAACAAAUCAACAGAAAACUAUACUGCCUGUCUUUCCUCUCCAUCAUAUUCCUUCCUCUAUCCAUCAUCACAGGAUUGUUUGGGAUGAAUGUGGGAGGCGUCCCUUGGACACAACAAAGAGACCCGAAGCUGAAAAAUGGUUUUAGAAACGUGAUGUUGGUUUGUGUUGGGACAUUGAUUCUUGUGCUUUUAUGCUUCUUGUUUCCGUUUUUGUAUGGCCGAAUAAACGGUUGGAGAAAACAAAGAGCUUUAAAAAGAAACUGGUCUAUCAACAGGAAAUCCUUCCUCAAAAGAACCAUUGGAGGUGGAGAAAGAGGAGGCGGCUACCUUCGGCUUUAAUUGUAAUUCAAAAGCUUCUCCUUUGAUCUUGGAUUAUAUCUAUAUGUAGUGAUUGUUGUUAAUUUAUGUAGGCUUGUAAUUUACACUAGAACAAAACGUUUUGAAUUUGAUUUAGUAAUUAAAUCCAGAUCAUGACAUCAAA